AUGGCUGCUGCACUUCGUCCUCCCUGGCUGCCAUUCCCACCACGCUUCCUGGUUUGCACAAGAGAAGACAUCUAUGAGGAUGAAAAUGGUAGACAGUGGGUGGUUGCAAAAGUGGAAACUUGUUCCAAUUCACCAUGUGGCAACAGGAUCGGAACCUAUGUAACUGUCCACUUGUGCCAAAUGACCACACUACCACGUGAGCCUAGUCCCGACUCUUUCAGGAAUUUAAACUAUCUACCCACAAUGUGGAGCUUAAAGUCCACGAGCACAUACUGGGGAUCAGACAGCAUGCACUGGAGAUUACUGAAUCAUUACCAGUUUAAUGGCCCAGAGGAACUGAUCCUGAUGCUGGAGUCAAGGUGA